CUGUGACUGUGUACUACUGCUCCUAGAAGAUAUCACAACACCAACGCAAUCAUGCCUGCUUUUUCGGUUGUAAUCAACGCACAGUGCGGAGGUGCGGCUUAUGCAGAAUAUAUCGAGAAAAUACUCGAACAUGGGUGGACCUCGACGCACGUUUUUAUGAAAGAGAACGUUAUUGCGAUUAAUAGCUGUUUGUUGAUAUUGCACUUCUGUAGUUGAUAUUACACCUCUGUAGAUGAAGUUCAGAUGAGGCCAGCAGAUGAUCAUGAUACCGAGUACCGCCCAGUAUGAUUUUUAUAUCGUACUCCCUCAUCAAUCUUCAUCUAGUUGGACUCACAUCUUCAUGAUCUUUGUCUUCCUCAAUCUCUACUUCUAACAGAGUAGUUUAUAGCACGCAUGGCGCAUGGAGUAGCAUGGAGUGUAUGGAGCGCAGAGCUUUAAGGGGCGCAAGAGGCUCCCCCUUUAGCUCCAUGCUACUCCAUGUGAUCCAUGCACUCCAUGCCAUGCGCACCGUGAAACCUUAUAAACUGCUCUGUUCUACUAAGUCUCCUGCUUCUAGUGGUGGCGCGACUUCGUCAUCUAGCAGCACGUCCACGAGAACCUCCAAAAAGUCCCAGCUAGUACUGGGAGACUGGAGUGCCAAACUCACCAAGGUGGCUAGGCAAUCGUUUGGUUCUGCAGCGAGGCAACUCCAAGAACUUGCUGAUGGGCAAGAAGAAAGUAAGCCUAGAGGAAACCAUGUUCCGGAAGAGCUUCUUUUGCCAUUGUUUGCAGAAGUUAAGGCCAGUUAGUCCUCUCUAUCCCAUUUCUGUACUAGAGUAUUCGUGUUGUUAGUCAUCUCUAAUAUUAUCCCAUGUCAGUCUGUAGAGUAAGUAUGCUGAGUCGAGUGGUCCCCUUUGAUUUAUUCAUCUGUUGUUGUAGAGGAGUCAGGUUCUUUUAUUUGUGUCUAACGUCUAACUGUAGCCUCCUCUGAGGUAUAUAGACCAGCACGUUGUUGAGGCAUCUUGACAUGACACAAGCCCUAGCCCUCUUUGAUUUACUUGGGGUGGCAAAUAUUAUAAUAGAUUGAAUAUAUUAUAGCAGCACCAUGUGCCCGUGGGGCUCGCUGAGAAGGAUCCACAACCUAACCUAACCUGGUUCGGGGGAACCAGCACGCGGCGUUUUUCCUUCCCGUUCACUACCAAAAUCGUUUAUUAUAAUUAUAUGAAAUCUUAAUAAAACAACCAGUUAGUUUUUACCUCUAGAGAUCUAGCCCUUUCACCAAUUAUUAUAUGAAAUCUUCUAUCAUCCAGAACUCAAAAACAGGGAUAGCGAAAAAUUAGCGCUAAAGACGCAGUUUUACCACAGGCUGACUCGUUGCUCGUCACCCUGUUGAUCGAACAGUUGAUCGAGAAAUAUGCCGAACGUUGCGCACUGACGAUUCGGGUUCUGCGCGAGUCUACAACUACGUCUGGAGUAGCUGCUGGAUUAGUAGAUGAGUACCGAGUAGUAGAUGAGUACCAGAACGGCACAACAACCGGAUCUUCUAAAUCUAAGUUCUACAACGGACAAGGUUCUAAAAAGUCGAAGGUCACCGUCGGGCACAACUACGCAGGAGGCUUUUUGGUAUUCCUUUUCGCAACUACUUUGAUGUUCGAGGCAAAAGUUGUAUGCAAAGUUAGAGUUCAAUUGAAGAUUUUUCUAGAAAAUCCCACAAGAACCACCUCGUUCACUAGCUUUCAGUUUCAGUUUCUUCAGUUUACGACUCAUAAAAAACACAAAGAAAAGUGUCUUAAAAAGGUGAAAAAAUAAAAAAAGGAAGUGCAACAAUUAUAAGUCCUGGGAACGACCUCUUGCUAGGUAAGUGAAUGAAUGAAUGAACAUAGUGAUCUUCCCACAAGGAGCACCUCUAUUUUUGUUCAGUCCUACGUUACGAAGCAGAUGACAGACGCUUUUCACAUCACGACUUCAAGCCCAACAGCUCAAAAGCCAAGAAUUCUGGUUCUGGAAGAAUCCGAGCCACUGUCAGCCUGUGUUCAGCGAUUGUCGGAUACUGGUGAAGGCGUUGACCUGGUCUUUGCCUCUGCAGGUUCAAUUUUUCAAUUCCUCAUGGACUGUGCCGAGACUCGUUGUGAUUUGCAACGCUAUCUGACUUAUGGCUCCCCCGAAGCAUCUACUUAUUUUUCCAUCUUCCGAAGCAUCUUUCUUCGGCUUCGUUGUUGUAGAGACGUUUCUUAUUUGUUGUCAAGACAUAGCUUAACUUUCCUGAGUCAGCUAAAGUCUACUAAGUUACCUCAAGUAGAGCAAAAAAGUUAUUUGUUGUCAAGAAGGUGGAAACUGAAACUUAACAACUGCCGGAGGAUACACUUCGAGAUGGAUUAGGGUGAACAUCAGCAGCGCUAACUAAUGUCGAGGCCGGAAGAGGUACAGGGUAGAACAACAGGCGGUGGUGGUGCUGGCGGUAGUGGUAAAAAUAACGUCCACUACACUGCACCUACAAUGAAAGAGAUUUCGCCUCAUCGAGUGCUGCUCGAUCUACUAUGGCGGCAUGUGCAGGAGCACUAUCGCGCGGCACUGAAGGAGCAAGAGAGAAUCGAAAUCCAACUUCGUGAGGACCAGAUAAUACGAGAAACAGAGAAACUAGCUCUAGUAGAACAGCUGCGAUUCUUAGUGGCGCAGAUUGUGAAGCAAGCGCUCGUCCCACAUCAACUUACUUCUUCUUCUUCUGGUGAAAAAGGGAUGAAGAGCAUAAAGACCAUAUUGAGUAAAAAUGGUAAUCAAGAAGAACCAACUUCUACUUCAUCGUCAAGCAGUGCAACAAGCAGUGCGGAAGAGACGGCAACUGCGAACGCACAAACUACAAACGGUGGAAACAACAAUUAUAGAGUUUAUAGAGGUGCACUAGAAGUUGAAGUCAUGAAAAACAGCAAUGCACAAGAACAAGAUUUUGAUGCUCAGCGCGCAAAGGCCUUGCUAGAAGAGCUAGAGCAGUUCAGUAAGGAAAUGAGGACUGCUGUUGAUCAUGAAAAAGAAAAGAUUGAUUUCAGUUUCACCGGUAAGCGUCAGCGUCUCUCUCAGUUGCCUCCUCGAAGACCUGACGCGAUAUCAGCCAGUCAGUGCCUGAAGCUAGACCGGCUGAAAGUAUGCGUAAUGAACUUGACGAUGGCGCCAGUGCUCUUGAAUUAUACUGCUGGCACAGGAAACGUGAGUGGUAGUUGUAGAAAUACAGGAAAGUCUUCAAUUGCAGUACAUUCAGGUGGUGCGUGCGACUUGCUACAUACAGUUUCUAGUUCAAUGCACGGCAAAGAAAGUCUCCUUCUCUCGCACGAGGAAAUGAAAACGGGCGAUGACAUGAAAACGGAACAAGAAGUAGUAGGAAAGCAGGUCCUCGUAAGCGAUGCUGAAGAGGAAACCGGCAAAGCGGUAAAUCUGAAGAGCAAAAGUAGGAGUCCUCGCCGCCGAUCUAAAAGCUCAUCUAGCAUGUUUGUCGGAAGGAACAAUAUAUCUACUGCCUCUGCUGGAAGUUCACUAGAUCAUCUAGUGGCGGGCUCGGUUGCCGACGAACAAACUGUACUAAGUGCCGCGUCCUCGACGUUGCGAGGGACGAGUCUGGUUAUGAAGAACACAUCAAUAACUCUCCUGUUCUUGUAUGAUUUGCGAUGAUCCUAUUGCAGGACAUGCACUGUCCCUAGUAAUCUCCAUUUAACCUCUAAUCCGUGCACCAGUGUCCCUGCUCGCACUAGAGGUCGGCCGCGAAAAUCGACGGCUUCUGCGUCUCUUCAGCGAAGCUCCGUGCCGCUGGUGAGGAAAAUGUCCCUCGCGUCUAAGAACCCUCGAAUAUGGAUGAUGCUUUUUCUCUUUUUGCGGGUCCUCGUCAUCCUGGCAGUUGUGUCUCACUUCAAGCGGAGAUGAAACUGCCAAGAUCAAGAUCUUCAUCGAUUGCCUUUAGAUGGAAAGAGAAAAAACACCAUUCAUAUCGAGGAAAAAAAGGAAGAGCCGGGAAACGUGGCACUUCUUCUAUGGGUGCUGUACAACUAGGAGAAGAUGUAGAAAUGAAAAGAGAGCAGAUUUACGACGAGGAGGAAGAAGAUGAAGAUGAUGGUGCAGCUCCUGAAGAUGCUGAGAUGAGUGUUUACGGCACAACUGUAGAAGCAGUAGGGUCAAGUAGUAGUAGUAAAACUGGAGCGAGGAGUAGAAACAAGAAAAGUGUCGAGGAACCCCAACAAAUGAAGAUGCAGCUGAAUUCUCCAGCAGGUCCGCGGUUGUCGGGAGGUAAGGAGCGUCAGCGGAUGGAUAGCGUGAUUGCUAGAGCUACGAGAGCUGAAAACCGACGAAGUAAGAAAGGGAAAAUUGAGGCUCGAUGCAAUUCAUUUCUACUUUCUACAAGCCUUUUCUCCCGAUGUCCACCUUCGGAGGGUCGGGAGAAAUGUACGUAGGCAAGAAGCGAAUUGUUUUCCGCUCUAAGAAAGCUUCUGCUUCCAACCGGACGGAUCUUGCUAGUAGAAGUUCUACCUCAUUCGCUGACGCAUUGAUCCGAGCCGGAGAAGCUUCAGUAGGGAGUGCUUCAAUAGGCGGGAUUGUGAGAGCAGCUGGAGAAGCUUCAGUAGGGAUUUUUGAUGGUCGUACAAUAGGACGAAUCUCCGCUUUUUCUGCAUCGUCUGUUCCCUUCUCUACCAGCAUGGCAUUGGGAAAACUUAACAACUCUUCUACACUAAAACUCUCUGGAGCAGACGGAAAAGCGCCAGGUCUAGAACAAGCAACUACUUCAAAGAUGCUAAAAACAAUAGAUGAAGAUAAAUCAAUGAGAGGUAGUCCAACCCCAAAAGCCAAAAUGCUUGACUCUGCAAGUAAGUUUGGUAGUGCGAGUCUGAUGUCCACACCAAGAAAGGGACCUAGGUCAAGGUUGCCAGACGCCAACAUUUUCGUACCGGGGAAAGCGAUUAAGGAGGAAGAAGGUAUUCCUGCUUGUGGUUCUUGUCGGACUACGUAGUUUAUUUUACUCCUGUGGCUCAAGGAAUAGAGCCGUAGAGACAGAGAGACCACAGUAGAGACGAUCGUGAUAGUGAAUGUUACUCGCUGCUGUUUAAGAUUCAGAAGUCGAAGUAUAUGCAAAUGAGCAGUUCAUCUUCAUCAACUGUUCGUUGCUAUGUUGUCUUGCCGGUAGUUGGGCAUGACUACCAAAGACGUACGAUGAUGAUGAUGAUGAUGAUGAUCAACAGCCGGCGGUCCGAAGAAGCGGCCGGCGUCGGUCUACCAUUCCGAUGGCCCGGAUGACUUCGGACACGUCAGCCCGCAACUGCCAUCACCAGGCUGGCCCAAAGAAUGGCGAUACGAGGCCGUAGGCGGGCUGGAGGUGGGCAAUAUUGGGCUUCCCAGAGAAGGCGAGAUACGCAGUCGUCCCAUCGCUGCGGCAGGGGCGAAUGUAGACCUUGGUGGCGCGACAAGCUCGAGCAGCAGCAGUGGCGUCAAAAAGCGAAGGCGAAGUGAUGACUUGCCAGCCUGGCUCAAACCGAAGACGCCAUCGUCGUAUUUCGUACAUACGGCGCACAGCCAUGGCCUGGCUGAAAACCCAGAAGGAGCAAGUACGAGUAGAGGACAAGAUAUAGGACAAGAUAUAGGUCUUCAACUAGACCCAGGAGGAACUACGUCAAGCACAAAUGUUGAUAUUCAUCCCGGAGGGCACGCCGCUCGUGGAGGUAUAGAACAAGGACAAUUUUGGAGCGUUUGGAGCACAUCAGUAAGGUUUUGCUGACAAUCCCUUCGACAACAACUUCAAUAAUGGGACCAUAACGAACACAUCUGGAGGCGCACUGGGUUUUCAACCAUUUGCAUUUGGAGGGGGCGUCGAGAAUCAAAGCUACAGGCAUCAGCGCACUGAGCAACCACCUCAUCAUGAGAGUUUUUUCAUGCCGAACACUGAUCUGAUGUUGAUCGAAAACAAGAGUGCUAGCUUGGAGGAAGAGUUUGUUUUCUAUGAUGAUGAUGAUGAUGCUGAUGAUGAUCCUCCCUGUAUGGAGGAGGUUGCCUUUUCAAAGUUCGGCUGUCGGGCGACACGGGCUGCUCUAGAUUAAGGCAGUGGGAGGCGGCCAAGCAGGGGCUCCUUAGUUGGCCGCCCCUGACCCUCUCGCGCCUCUGUGUUUCUUCAGCUGUUUUUUCCCUGAGUGAUGCCCUUGGUUUUCUUCUGAUCCCUCCCGCCAGCUCUUCAUCCUUGGUAGUACAUGAUAGAUGCGCAGGCAUUUUACUGAUGAGCAGAGGUAGACUUCAUGCGUGAAUUCUAUGCGCUGUUCUUUCUGCUUCAAAGCUUUAGCUUAAAUUUUACUCCUGUGAGGAUGUGAUAUCACAUUUUGUUGUAGAAGUUCCGCGCAUAGUUGUAGUGCUAGUAGUGGUUGUAGUGCUAGGAGUCGAAAUCUAUCUUCAACACAAUAAAUUUUGAAGACUUGAUCUACUACAUCGAUCCUUGUCCUCCAUCCAGAUAACGAGAAGCCCAGGAGUAGGACAACUAGUGCAACGACACCUACAAAAAAAAGAAACACGUCAAAUCGACGCACCACAAAGACCAAGCUUAAGGCUCCUGGACACUUGCUGUUAUACUAUUUUUUGGUGUGAUGUUGCUGGGUGGUGGGAGGAACCCCUAGGAUUUGGAAUCUCUAGUAACUACGGAGUCCACGUUCUUGUCUUUCUUGAUCUUCUUUCUAAACGGGAAUGAAAUGAUAAGGGCGGGAAAGAAGUCAUCUCUUCACUCAACGACCACAUAAGUAUUCAUAUAUUUUUAGAAGUGUGCUGUGAGUGUCUAGCACUAGCGUUAAGAAGCAGGAGGUCGAGCCAGAUCCCGGGAACCGUGUUGCGCCAGGACUCUUCUUAGGCCCAGUAGAAGCCUUCCAGCACAUACCGAAAUUGGUGACCCACGUUUUAGCGGUAUUCCGAGAAACAAUCGAUCGGACGGAACAUUAUGGAGAAGUUGAAACAAGUGAACCAUUCAUCUUAGAAGUAUCUUCUACAACGAUCGCAAUGACUGGAUAUUUGUAAUCAUGCUCUUUCUCGUCAUCAUUCAUACAUCGAUCUGCGCAAGUUAUUUAGACUGUGGCUCAUCUUCAUUCAUACACUUACGCAAGUCGAGGACCUGUACCAGCUGAAUCACCUAGAUGACCGAGAAGAGACCAGGCUAGACGACUACUUCGAAGGUUGCAUAUCGAAGCUCCACGACUGGUGUCUGCCUAUUGCAAAAGGUCAAGUAGAAGCGUAUGAGGGGCCGUUGCAUGUUGUGAAGAGAGAAGCUGACGGAACUUCUACAGCUUCUACAGAGACCGCUCAUGCCGUCAUUCACGAUGGAACAGUAGGAGGUGAAAACGGCAACAAAAAGCGUUUUGUCCUCGUGCACUGUGCGCAAGGUACAACUAUCUUUUUGUCAUGAUUUGCUCAUAUCAGAAGUAUGAGAUAGAGAUUAUGAAGAUGAAAUGAAUCAAUCACAAGGAGGCAUCAAUCAGGUGGAUGACCUCGAACUCCACAUCGACCAUCUCGAUAUCCACCAUCCAAUCAUAACUCCAUUUUGAUAACUUGAUCAUAACUAAAUACCAGGAUGCAGUCGAAGUGCCUCGAUCGUUCUAGCUUACUAUUGCACGCUGUUCCCGGAGGCUAGUAUGGAGCUGUUGAUUCAGACUUUGCAGAUAGCGAGAUAUAGAGCAGCACCAAACGAUGGCUUCCUUGCACAAUUGCAGAAGUAUAAUUAAGGGCAGCUAGUGUUCAACCUUCACGGUGUUCUUCCUGUUUUUACCGUUUGAUGUUUUGCCUCUCCUAAGGGAGCAAGCAAUGCAAAAUAGAGAAACGGGAAUAAACAGUAUAACACCAUCCAAACCCUCCCUGGCUCUAAUACAAGGAAGGACCCGAAUCGGCCAGGGUGCGAGGUUCACUCGAGUCUCCGAACCUGGUUGCGGUCAUGUUCGCUAAGUAUUUCGAACAAAAGUGGGGUGAAUAUGAUGCGAUUCCUGAAGGUAUGAGACUGAGAAACAAGGUUUCUUAGCCUUUACUCUUAGUCUUACUGAGUGCGUAGUGUAGUAGAUCAAGGAAUAAGAAUGAGAUGAAACAAGAAAGCUUCUUAUCGUCAGUCGUUGCGGAAAAUGUACCGCUCAAAGGAUUCUUUGGUCAGUCGUUGUGUUCAAAAUCACUCAACAGCUAAGUAAAAAUUCUCCAGAAGAUUCUCCACGAUCAAGGUUGGGUCUAGGGUUUAGGGUUCGUCCUUUCAUACAAAAAAUCCGCGACUACCUUGCUCAAUGCGGUGUAGCGCAUUACCGAAUUACUGAGGAAAAAGCUCGCGAGAAUCACGGGGCGUGGAGAAAUAUCUCCCUGAUAGCCGGAGGUGGAGAUACGAGUAGUGCGGAGAGCAGUCUCUUACAACCCGACGAACAUCCAAAAGAAGCACCACUUAUAGAAGACGAUCCUAACCUUCCUCGAUUUGGGUGCUUAGAAGCAGCAGAACCAGAGGUGGGGCUAUCAUCUGCCUCUGCGCCUCCAACUAAAAAGCGGCUCUCAAAAAUGAAGAGCACCAGAGACAGAGCCUCCUCAUCACAGAAGAUGAAGAAUGAUAUUGGUCUACAAGAAGUGCAAAGAACUACUAACAUUAAGAGUACUACUUCUACUGCUCGUACACGUACAUCUGGUAAAAGUGGCGAACAAAUUCUGCAAGUACAAGCCUUUGCGGAGCCUCCACGGCAGCAAGGUCGUCGUGAUAGGCCUUCAUCUUCAUCGCAGCUUAACUACAAGCGGGGGACCGAGAGUAGUUCCCUUGCUGAUGAACAUCCUCGUCCGAGUGUUGUAGCUGCUUUAUCCUCCAACUCAUCCGCGACUUCUUCAUCUGCGAGCAUCAGUCUUUCUUCCCUAUCAUCACCCCAUAUCACCCAUUCGGUCCCUUCAUCUCCAGCGGCGCCUGCAGUGGCAAAUCGCACGAGGUCGAGGUCGGACAAAAGACUAAAUAAGAUAUCGCCAUCUUCUUUUACGGUCAGUUUUUACGCAUCUUGUUUCUCAGCAUCUCGAUGUUGACACUUUUCCCCUUGUAUUAUAAUCUCAUAGGAAUGGUGGACUCGACGAGAACGAGCAGAUGAGGGGACCAAUUUGAAGAAAAGCCGACUCUAAUUCUUUGUCUUCAGUAGCCCACGGCCAUGAGAUACCAGUGUUUGAAGAGGCUAUGGGUGGAAGACGCGGCAAAGGUUCUUCUAAGAAGAUGAAAAGCGCAUCAAAAAUGAAGAUGAAAACAAGAAGGUCAUCUCAACAACAGUAUUUUUAAGGCUACUGCUGCAGCAUCCUCAACGCCAUCCAUCCUUGGCUCUUGGCUCUUCAAAAGGAAAAAGGGCGCAGGGAUGGGCUCGAGGAUGCGAACAGCUCUAACAGUAUCAACAUCAGGAAGACGGUAAUGCAGGCGCUGCUGCUGCUGCUGCUGUUUCAUCUGGAGAAACACCACUACAUGGAGGACAUCAUCAAAUUAGCGAUGAACUAAAGAGUAGGUCCCCCCGACGCUCACCUGCUAAACGCUCACCUGGCAAACGCUCACAAUCUCUCGGAGGGAAUAGAUCUAGAUCUUCUUCCCAAUCAAGAACACCACGAGGACGAAAGUCAGCAGCAUCGUCUUCCCCUAGGAGAGGAAGAAAGUCCGCACCAGGAGCAGAUGUUGUUGCGAAGCGACGCAGUUCAAGUCCUAAGAAACGAUAAGAUUUAAAAUGCGAUCCUUUCAUCAUUCCCGGAAAACAUCAAUAACAAGUCGUUAAAGUUUGUAUUCAUGAAAGAGAAAGAGAAAGUAGGUGUCUAUUGAUUUACAGGAGAUGUCUUGUCAAGACAGUCUUGAAAGAAUUGCGUACUGAAAUGCUGUAAGGCUUCUAAAGUAUCCUUGUAUAAAUACUCAAGAAAAAUAUUAACUAAGCGUAAAAAGCAAGGAAGUCUAUAAGAAAAAGAACAAUAGCAACUUCGCUACAGACUGUAAAACAAAAGUAGGGCCGUGCUGUAAUAUAAACUGAUGAGACCACGAUGAUGCUGCACAGCAGGACGAACAUAGGUUUUUGGUAGAAAGUCUUAUAUAUGAGAGUAGGUGUAUGAGUAGCCAACGUCGUCAUUGCCUGUAGUUGAAGAAAUUUUGUAUAAUAUCCACACAGACAUCAGCAUAUUCGAAAAAGCCGUGUUGUGCUUACGCACGUUGCGGCCUUGAUGUCAUUGAUUUUGAUGUCACCACAUAGUGGAUCAUCAUUCUCUAUAUCCCUUUUGCUUGUAGCUCAUUUUUCUUCUUCUUGUCAUUUCACUAGAACAACUGUUGUUCCGCUUGUCAUGAGAUCGUAUAUUAACUCGCUGUUGUGGCCUCACGGUCAUAGCAGAGAAGAGAAUAUCGUUGAUUCUUGAGCUUCGACUUUUAUCGUGAUUAUUUUCUCUUGUUUGACACACCUGUCAGCAGCUCGGCUACUAGUAGCUUCACGACGAGAAAUUGAGAAGCACUUUUUACUAUGCCCUUGCUCCAGCUGCACUGACACUUCCAACAACUUGAGUGUCUCCUGUGUCUUCAACAGCCACACUUCGACUAGUUUGUGGGUGAAGAUGACAUUGUGUUCUUACAGCCAAAAGUCUUCUCCUUGCCGCAGAUGGACCGCAUCAGCAACGUCAUUGCUCGGACAUCUUUGAAUAGAAGAAGGCAAGCACUCUCGCCUGGAAGUGGGGUUUCUU